UUCGCUAAGAUGCUCAAAUAUCUUAAGUUCAGUCGAAGUUGUGAUGCCGUAUUUGGUCUCUUUAUGGCAUCAUGGUUGGUCACCCGUCAUUAUCUCUAUGGUUAUAUAAUCUAUAGUGCAUGGACUGAACCGCAAAAAUAUCUUGAAUACAAAUGGUCACCCGAGGAAGAACAUUAUCUGACAAAAAAUGUGCAAACAUUUUUCUUGAUCCUUUUUUCUGGCCUUCAGGCAAUCAUCAUAUUUUGGUUUUAUCUGAUCUGUAAUGUCGCGCUGAGAGUCAUCAGAGGAUCCAAUGCACAUGACAAUCGUAGCGAUUCGGAAAGGUAG